AUGCUCUCACAAUUGAGUAUCUACAAUAUAGCUGUCAAAUUAUAUCUAGUUAGGAAAAUGUCGAAUUUUUAAUAAAGUGCACAAAGACUUAUGGAACACCCUAAUAUAUGCCGGAGGUAUGACGAUGAACAUAUUAUUAUACUAUUUUGAUCCAUUUUGAGGUAUAUGCUCGGUAUACUUUUUAUUACUUGAUCCCGAUUCGUCCAUGUUGGGACCUUCUUUUGAACUUCUUCGAUCUGAUUCUUCGUAACUUGGGGUCAAAACCAUUUUUUUUAACAACAAACUUCUUUGAGAGUUUAGAUCAAAAAAAUAGUUUUUAACAAAGUUAUGAACCAAAAAACCAAAAAAAAAAAAUACUCAUCUAUUUUUGCUGCUGUGUCUAUAAUUUUUUUGAGAAGAUUAGGCGAUCUCAACCGACACGGGUAUCCAUUUAGGCAAAAGGCUGCACGAACAGCGAUGAGUUGAGCGCCGUGUUGUUCAAAAGACUCAUGAUCCGCCGAUUGAAAGCCGACGUCUUGAACGAUUUGCCCGAGAAGCGUCGCGAGGUUUGAAAAAAAAAAACCAUUUGUUUUAAUCUUGCAACUUUGAUGAUAGGUCGUCUUCCUCUCUGGGAACAAUAUAAACGACCGGAUGAAGAGCUUACAAAAGGCCAAACAAGCCUAUGAGGAAUCUUCAAAACCUGGCUUUUCGGUGUUUAUUCGAAUUCCUUUCUCUCGCCUCUUUUUGUUUUUUUUUUUAAUUCUAUUAAAUGUAAUACAGGGCGGCACCGGGAAAGCAGCGCACGAUUGUCUGUUGGAAUACUUUAGUUUGACUGGUAUCGUCAAGGUUAGCUUCUAGUACCAUCAAAAAUUGUUUGUUGUUUUUAUUGUUGCGAAAUGAGUACUUAUUCAUCUUUCAAGGCUAGAAUUAUCAACCGACUCGUGAUUUUUUUUUUUCUGAAUGUUCAGGAAAGUAAAAAGUUUAACAACGUUUGUUGAAAAAGGCGUGUUCCUCGGAAAAAACGAAAAUGGUUUCGAAACGCAGAAAAAUUGCUUCAAAACAAAAUUCAGUACUGUUUUGGAGCAACUUUGGUGCGCCGACGAACACGCUAUUGUCUUUUGAACAUGCUUGUGCGUCAGGCCGGGCUUCGGGCCUUGUUUUUGAGAAGAAGCCUGUUCGGGCUUUCUUUUUACUUUUAAAAUCAUAGUUUUUGUUGAAUUCCAAGUGAAAAAAUGAACAAAAACGUGACUUGUGUUGUAAAAAACACGAUAUUCGACUAGAAAAAAAAAUUGAGCUUUUGUGCCGGCCGGCCAUUUUUUUCUUGAAGACCCACUAAGGCCGGGCCGGGCUUAUAAAAUGAUCGAGAGGUUGAAGGGCCGGCCCUCGCACAAGCUUGCUUUCUAAACAUGUUUCGUUUCUUCGAUGAACACGCCAAAAACUUUUCUUUUCGUGGUUGUUGAUUGAAAAAAAAAGACGAAUUGAAAAAGAAAAAGUUCAGUUCAACACAGUGUCUUUUGUUUCCUUCAGGCAGCCGCAGUUUCGAGCCACAUAUUGGACAAUUUUUUCUUUCCGGAUGCUCCUCCCCGCAAGGUGCUAAUUUUUGCACAUCAUUCAAUCGUUUUGGACACCUUACAAGUGGAGGUUUUCUUUUUCAAAUUUUGAAUUCGAGAAGAAAAAAAAAAUGAUGGAAUAAUUUGGUGCAUUUAUUGUGACGAUUAAAAAUUGAAUCACUUUGGUUUUUAAACAACAAUUCUUGAUUCAGGUUGAUAAAAGAGGUUUGAAGUCGAUACGGAUCGACGGAAAGACACCAGCAAAAGAUCGCGGCCCUCUUUGCGACGCAUUCCAGGUUUAUUUUACAUCAGUAUCGCACAGAUGGCUUUCAGCGACAAAAUUGGAUUAUCAUUAUUAUCAUUAUUAUUAUUAUUAUUAUUCGAUUCUCGAGCGCAGAAUAAAGAUGAUAUUCGAGUCGCCAUUCUAUCCGUGACGGCUGCAGGGGUCGGCAUCACACUCACCGCCGCCACGGUAGUCAUUUUCGCCGAGAUUCACUUCAACCCCGGCACACUUGUCCAGGUUUAUAACUCUAAAAAAGUGGCAGUGCAUCAUGCGUUGAUCUCUCGGUGCACCACGCGGUGUAACCAGGAGUAUGUACAAAAUUCCAAAAUGGCACAUUUCCCAAUAGUAAAAUUUUCUAAAGUUUCAUCAGUUGUUACGGUAGUUCAAAGAUGAUUUUUUUUUUUGACGGGUUGCCCCAGGGGUGCACGACAUUCCGGUACAAAAAGUUCACUUUUCCCGGGGUUCACUACGGGUUCCACGCACAUUUUUAUCAGAGAAUUUGCAAACGCGGAAACAAUUUAACAGGGGAAAAAAUAGAGAAUAGAUGAUGCCUAUUGUACUGCGGCUAUCCAAACUUUUCAGGCCGAAGACAGAGCACACCGCGUAGGCCAGAAGGACAGCGUCUAUGUGCAAUACUUAAUUGCGAAAAACACUUCUGAUGACGUCAUGUGGCCAAUGGUCCAGAAAAAGCUCGACGUUUUGAGCAAGGUUUCAUUUUUGAGUAAAAAAUAAUUAAACAUAUAUUUUUUCUUUCGCAGGUAAACCUUUCAAGCGACACUUUUCGCGACGCGGAGAAAUCACACAUGCACUUUGCCGAUUUGACAAACCAAAGGCGCAUGUCCGAAUUUUUCGUUUCCGGAAGCGGUUCUACCGUCGCACUAGAUUGCAAAGAGACGGCUAGCCACGCCCCUGUUGUUGUUCUUGGUGAUGAUUGGGACGAUUCAUUUGAAGAUUCCAUACCUACUAAACGAUUGAGGCACGAGGAACCGUAA